AAAAAAUAGAUAGUUUAAGCUUCUGAAAUACUUAGCUUCAAAAUAUCGCGAGAAGUCAGACGAGUCUAUGCGCUCCACAGAUCCGAAGAGCCUUGGAGCUUCUCAGCUGAUGAAGUACUAUCCUGUAAGAUAGGCAGCGAAUGUUCUUCACCAUGGUUAGAGAGAAAGACGUUUGCUGGGAAUAUGCAGAGAGAUUAGAAGGCAACAAAGUGAGAUGCAAAUUUUGUGACAGAAUCCUCAAUGGCGGAAUCAGCAGAUUAAAGCAUCACCUGUCCAGGCUUCCCAGCAAAGGAGUGAAUCCCUGCACCAAAGUAAGGGACGACGUGACGGAACGAGUACGGGAAAUCAUCGCGACAAAAGACGACGUUAAGGAGACAUUACUUAUAAAGAGGCAAAAAGUUCCUCACCAGGCGAAAUCCGUAAGCUCCAACGGGAAGGCGCCGCCGAUCAUAGUCGAGUCGAUUCCUAAGGUGUUUUCCUCCAUCACAUCUUUGACAUCUUCCCCCGGAAAUGACGAGAUUGGGGAGCGGAGCGUCGCGCUUUUCUUCUUCGAGAACAAUUUGGAUUUCCGCGUAGCACGGUCUUCAUCCUACAGGCAAAUGCUCGACGCGGUUAGAAAGUGCGGCAACGGAUUCUUACCGCCGUCUGCUGAUUCUCUGAAGACGACAUGGCUGGAAAGGAUCAAGUCCGAAGUGAACUCACAGUCGAAAGAAGCCGAGAGGGAGUGGGCAUUGACGGGCUGCACCGUUGUCGCAGAAAAAUGGACGGAUAACAAAUCGAGGGCUCUGAUAAAUUUCCUCGUUUCGUCCCCGACGAGAUCGUUCUUCCACAGAUCAGUCGACGUCUCUCUGUACUACAAGAACACGAAGUACUUAUCCGACCUGUUCGAUUCCGUAGUUCAAGAUCUUGGCCAAGAGAACGUCGUGCAAAUCAUCAUGGACGACAACCUCAACUGCCCGGCGUUGGCGAACCAUAUUCAGCAGAAUUACGGGCCUGUCUUCGUCACCCCUUGCGCGGCGCGGUGUAUGAACGCGAUCCUCGACGAUUUCUGCAGGGUAGAUUGGAUCAACAGGUGUAUAUUACAGGCACAGGCUAUUACAAAGUAUGUAUACAACAAUUCACCUGUGCUGGAUGCGAUGAAGAAGGCUACUGCAGGGCAGGACAUCAUAAGGAGUGGCAUUACAAAGCCUGUUUCUAACUUCCUUACACUUCAAUCUAUGCUGAGGCAGAAAUCCAGGCUGAAGCAUAUGUUCGGGAGCCCCGAGUAUUCAAUCGUUGCCAACAAGACUCAGAUCGCGACCUGCGUCGCCAUUCUCGAAGACAACGGAUUCUGGCACGCUGUAGAGGAAUGCGUGGCGGUGUCCGAGCCGUUUCUGAAAGUGAUGAGAGAAGUGUCGGGAGGGCGGCCUGCAGUCGGGUUUGUUUACGAAAUGAUGACGCGCGCGAAAGAGUCGAUAAGGACUUACUACAUCAUGGACGAGAUCAAAUGCAAGACGUUCCUCGACAUUGUGGAUACCAAGUGGAAGAACAGCCUCCAUUCUCCGCUCCAUUCGGCCGCGGCUUUUCUCAACCCGAGCAUUCAGUACAAUCCGGAGAUCAAGUUCCUCGGGUCGAUUAAGGAAGAGUUCUACCGCGUUCUUGAGAAGCUUCUUCCAACGCCCGAGCUCAGACGCGAUAUCACGAGCCAAAUCCUUCUGUUCACACGGGGGAGUGGAAUGUUCGGGUGUAACCUUGCGAAAGAGGCGAUCGACACUGUUUCUCCCGGUAUUUGGUGGGAACAAUUUGGCGAUGCUGCGCCGACGUUGCAACGAGUGGCGAUCCAAAUACUCAGCCAAGUGUGCAGCAGCAGCUUCACAACUGAGAAACAAUGGAGCGCGUUACAACAGAUCCAUUCGGAGAAACACAAUAGGAUCGAUAAGGAAAUGUUGAAUGACUUACUUUACGUUAACUACAAUCUCAGACUCGAGCGAUCCCUGAAGAUGAACGGUUCAGAAAUCGACCCCCUACAGCUGGACGACAUAGACAUGAGUUCGGAGUGGGUCGAGGAGACCGAAACGCAGCCACCAGUACAGUGGCUGGACCGGUUCGGAUCUGCUCUCGAAGGAGGAGAUCUUAAUGUACGGCAGUUCAAUGCCGCUAUUUUUGGUGCAGGCGAUCAUCUCUUUAACUUGUAGAGAGUUCUAGAGAUGUCGACAGAUUCGUGAUGUGUACAGUUUUCAUUCGCCAGUGAACUAUAAAUAUCGAAUACAAUAUACGGCACCGAUGAAUUCUCCUGUUCCCCAAAUUUGACAUUCUAAUAACA